UCUGGUCGCGGGGCGGUGCAUUAUGGUAGUGCUUCAUCUGGCUGUCCUUGUAGCCUGCUAUGGCCCUGCCCUACAACGGAAGCUCGCAGAGUCACGUGAGCGAGAUUCCGGGAGGAGUGCACAUGCGUAUUCCAGCUCUGAGCUUGGACUUCUCCAUGCUAGGGAAGCUUGCAGAGUCCGUGGGAGAGGGAGGGCAGGAAUGCCCACCGCCCUGUCAGUCGUGGGGUGAGGAUUGCAGUGCGCACGCGCAACCCAGUUGGCUUUCCCCUCCCCCUCUUCACUAUAAAUUCCGGGCUCUUCCCCAAGUCAGCAGCAUAGAGGAGAAGGAAGGAGGGACUUCUGGAGUCCUGGCUGCCAGGUUUCAGGAAUCUUUGACAUUCAAGGAUGUGGCUGUGGAGUUCACAUGGGAGGAGUGGAGACACCUGGAUCCUGCACAGAGGACUCUGCAUAGGAAUGUGAUGUUGGAGAACUAUGAGAACCUGGUCUCCAUAGGGAUUCCCAUUUCCAAACUAGAUUUGCUCUUCCUGUUGAAGAGAGAAGAUGUACAGAAUCAAGAGGGAGAAGCUGGGACAGGCACUUGUAUAGAAGGAAAAAUCAUACUUGAAAUGAAUGAGAUUUCUGCAGAGCUAAGCCUUUCUGGGGAAGAAACUCAGAAGCAAAGAUGCAUUGGUGAUGGUGCCUGUGAUUCCACUUGGAGAGAAAACUUUGAUGUACAUCAGAAAAUUCACACUGGAGGGAAACCUUAUGAAUGUAACUAUUGUGGGAAAACAUUCACACAGAGGGCCAGUCUCACUGUACAUCAGAGAAUCCACACUGGAGAGAAACCUUUUGAAUGUAACCAUUGUGGGAAAACAUUCACACAGGGGGCCAGUCUCACUGUACAUCAGAGAAUCCACACUGGAGAGAAACCUUUUGAAUGUAAUCUCUGUGGAAAGGCUUUUAUAAGGAGAGCCAGGCUUACUGUACAUCAGAGAAUCCAUACUGGAGAGAAACGUUAUGAAUGUAAUCAAUGUGGAAAGGCUUUUAUUCAGAGGGCCAGGCUUACUGUACAUCAGAGAAUCCAUACUGGAGAGAAACCUUUUGAAUGUUUUCAAUGUGGAAAAACUUUCCAUGAGAAAGAGGUACUUAGGGUGCAUCAGAGAAUCCACACUGGAGAGAAACCUUAUGAAUGUAAUCAGUGUGGAAAGGCUUUUACAUACAAGGCCAGUCUUACUGUACAUCAGAGAAUCCACACUGGAGAGAAACCUUAUGAAUGUAAUCAGUGUGGAAAGGCAUUCAGAUGUAGAAAGAGUUUGGUUAAACAUCAGAGUAUUCAUACUGGAGAGAAACCUCAUGAAUGUGAUCAAUGUGGAAAGGCUUUUACACAGAAGUCUGGUCUUACUAUACAUCAAAGAAUCCACACUGGAGAGACUCCUUUUGAAUGUAAUCAAUGUGGAAAGGGUUUCAGACGCAGGUACCUUCUUAAUCUACAUCAAAGAAUCCAUACUGGAGAAAAACCUUAUGAAUGUAAUCAAUGUAGAAAGGCUUUUACAGACAAGACCAGUUUUACUGUACAUCAGAGAAUCCACACUGGAGAGAAACCUUAUGAAUGUAAUCAAUGUGGAAAGGCAUUUAGAUGUAGGAAAAGUAUGGUUAAACAUCAGAGCAUUCACACUGGAGAGAAACCUCAUGAAUGUGAACAAUGUGGAAAGUCUUUUACACAGAAGUCUUGUCUUACUGUACAUCAGAGAAUCCACACUGGAGAGACUCCUUUUGAAUGUUACCAAUGUGGAAAGGUUUUCAGACAUAGGGAAUGUCUCAAACUACAUGACAGAAUCCAUACUGGAGAGAAACCUUAUAAAUGUAAUCAAAUGUGAAAUGGCUUUUAUAGACAGGUCCACUCUUACUGUACAUCAGAGAAUCCACACUGGAGAGAAACCUUAUGAAUGUAAUCAAUGUGGAAAGGCUUUUACACAGAAGUCUGGUCUUACUGUACAUCAGAGAAUUCACACUAGAGAGAAAUCUUAUGACUACAAUCGGCUUAGUAAAGUCCUCAGUCAAAAGUCAACUCUUAUUUCACCUCGGCUACCAAGUCAGGAAGCAGCAGUUCUUGGGGGGCAGCUGUCCCUUUGAGAACUUUUGCUCUACUGAUGAUACUGGGGUCAGGCUGCUGAUUAAAGGAAGAUUGCAGGGGACCUCCACUGGCCCUGGACGUGGGGCCUCAGCACAUUGAUCAGAUAUGGUCCCAGGCUGUGCCUAAUGAUGGGGGAGCACACAAAUAAGAGCAAUGAUUUUGUCUCACUUGGAAGUAAUCCAAGUCUAAGGUUUGCAUAAUUCAAGCUGAAUCCCUUUCUUUUUCCCUAUGGAAUCAUGAGUAUGAUUACCACUUGAGUUUAGGAAGAUGAGAAAUAGACUCCUUGGUGCCUCAUAGCAUGAGACAUCAGGGGCCUAGAAAGGAGCCUCCAUGAUCUUCAGUGUUAGGUCUAGUCAUUUAAAGGUGAUUAGGUAAAAGAAAAAGAUAAUCACAUACUGAAGCCAGAAUGUGCAUUGACUACUAGAAAAGACAUCAGAAGGCAGAAUGGAAAUAGAGAUUGGGGCCUAGUAUCAACCCUGGCCUAGUCUGUUAGUCAGUAAACAUUAAUGAAGCACCUACUAUGUUCUAGGCAGUGAGGACACAAAGGGAAACAAAAAACAGUCCCUGUUGUCAGAGCUUAGCAUCUAGUAUAGAAACAUAGUGAUAGUUCAAGAAGAAGUAAAAGAUCAUGAACCUCACUAUUAAAUGACCCAGGGAAAAGAGGGUGUUUUACUAAUGGAAAUAUAUUUAGUUAAACAGGGAAAUAAGUGAAUAGAGGUAUAAGAACCAUUACAGUUUAAGAAGGGGAAAAUUGGGGAACAAAUAGUAAAAAUCAAAAUAAUAAUGAAAAAAGUAAUAGCUAGCAGUUACGUACCACCUACUGUGUGCAGUGCAUUUUAUAAAUAUUAGCUCAUUUUGUUCUCAUAAGAACAUAAGGGUUAAGUGUAAUAAUUAUUCUCAUUUUACAAGUGAAGCAACUGGAGCAAGCGGAGGUCUUAUGACUUGCCCAGGGUCACCGUACUAGUGAAUAUCUGGGAUUGAUAUGCUUCUAUCCAGUGUACCAGGAAACUGAAAAUGCUCAUACAUGAGUGAGGUUGAACAUGAGAGAAGUUUAGAAGCUUUCUUGCUGAGGGAUGGAUAUGAAUUUUUUGUUUCUUUUUGGCUCCUUAGCCAGUCAGCAAGAUGAAUGGCAAUUUACCUUUUACAAUUCUUAUUACUUUAUGCAUUGUGCCACUUAGCUGCCCAAUGGGAAUUGGUUGAUCAGAGCAGUUUGUUUCAGUAGCCAUGAAUGUAGCUGAAGCAAACACUAUGGGAGCAUUUAGAGUUUGAUCAGACAUUUAAGACUCCAAGAUAAUUCACCAUAUCUACAGACGUUGCCAAUCAUCUUGUCUUUUGCAACAUGAGCAAUAUGGAAAUCAGUUUUAGAUGACUGCACAUAUAUAAUCUAUAUCAGAUUGCUUAACUUUUCAAGGAGUCAGGUGAGAAAGUAGGGAGGGAGAGAAUUUGAAACUCAAAAUUAAAAAAAAAUGCUGAGUCACCAGAGUCAAGAUAGCAGACAGAAAUCAGGGAUUUACCUCAGGUUUCCCAAAUUCUCGAUAUGACUUUAAAAUUAUGUCUCAAAACAUUGUGGAACAGAAGAACUCCAAAACGGAUGAGGUUAAAGAAUUUUUCAGCCUAGAGACUUUAGAAGGCCAUCAGAAAAGGUCACUCCCACCAUGGUGAAAGUGGAGCAAAGUCUAGCACAAGUUAUACCCUAACAGAAUAAUAGCAAGGCCAUGCCUUACUCUGUUAGCAACAAAGCCAUGUGCCCUGACCCAUCAGCAGCAGGCCCUUAAGGGAACUGAAUUGGCAGAAGCAACUUCUGGAGCUCUUAGUCCACAGACAGUUAGGGGCAGGGGGAGGUCAGACAACUUAUCAGAAGAUCAUAGAGUUCCCUUUCUUAGCAUUGGUUGCAGGAGUCUGUUUCAUAGCUCAUAUGUGGAUUCUAGUUCCAGGCCUGGUGGCAGUCCCAAUGUAAGAAGUACCAUUAGCUACAAGCACUGGAAGUAGUAGAAUUUGCAGCCAUAAGGGAUCUGGGAUGCUGAUCACAGUUCCAAAAUGUAAAACAAAAAGGCUGGUUAUUCACAGUCCAUAGCAUAGGCCAAGAGAGUAGUGAACACAUCUCUUUGUACAUCACAACACAGUGGAAGAAGUGAAACCACUCCACCCCAUUCCAGAGCCACCUUUGAAAGCACUUACAUUUAAAAACAAAACCCCAAGCUUGGGACAAUGCCUCCUCUACCCAAGGAGCAGCUUUAAAAUUUAGCAUAAAAGUCAAGAAAUAGGCUACAGAAACGAGCAAACAACUUUAAAAAAGCACUUCACCAUAAAAAGUUACUGUGGUGACAGGAAGAUCAAAACAAACUGAAAAUGACAAAGUCUCAAAGAAAAAUGUGAAUUGAUUUCAGGAACAGAAUAAAAAUCCUAGAAGAGCUCAAAAAAGGAUUUAAAAAAUCAAAUAAGAGAAAUAGAGGGAAAUUGAGAAAAUAAUUGAGUGAUAAAUGAAAUAAUGUUUUACAAAGGGUCCCUAGUUUGGUAAAGGAAGCACAAAAAAUACUGAAUAAAAAGAUGUUAAAAAACAAUAGCCCAAAUGAUGAAAAGGGCACAAAAAUCCAUUGAAAAAAGGAAUUUCUUUAAAAACAAAAUUGGCCAAAUGGAAUAAGACAUACAAAAAUGUAUUGAAGAGAACUGAAAAAGUAGGACUAGGCAAAUACAAAGUGGACAUACAAAAGUUAAAUGAAAACAAUUCCUUAGAAAUUAGAAUUGGGCAAGUGAUAGCUAAUACCUCCAUGAGAUAUUAAGAAAAUAAUUUUAAAUCAAAAGAACAAAUAGAAAAAAACGUGAAAUAUCUGAUUGGAAAAGUAACUGACCUGGAAUAGAUGCAGGAGAGAUAAUUGAAUGACUGUACAACCUGAAAGGAAUGAUUAAAAAAAAAAAAGCUAAAUUCCAGGGCUCCCAGAUUAAGCAGGAGAUAUAGCAAACAAUCCCCUGAAUUGAAACAAAAUUCCAAUAUUGUGUGGCCACAGUCAGUAUACCACAAGAUUUAGCAGCUUUGAUAUUAAAUGAUUGGCGAAUUAGGAAUAUUAUAUUCCAGAGGGUAAAAGAACUAGGUUUACAACUAAGCAUCAUUCACCCUGUAAAACAUUACAAAAAUUCAGGAGAAAAAAAUGAAUGUUCAAUGAAAUAGAAGACUUUUCAACUCUCAAGAGAUGCAUAAAAAGAAAAGAAAUCCUAGAGCAAUCAGUAAAUGUAAGCUGUGUACUUCCUACAAGAAAAGAUGAUAUUUGUAAUUCCUAAGAACCUCAUCUUUAGAAGGGCAUGGGUAUGAAUUUACUAUAAUGAGAUGAACGCAUAAAAAAGGAGGUUAUAUCUUGUAUUAUGAUGUCGAGUUUCCUGUUUAUUUUUUACUUUUUUGGUAGUCCAAUUAUUCUAAAAUUGUCUCUUCUUCCUUUAUUUUCCAGGUCUAUGACCUUGUCAGUAAGAUAUUUUAUGCUUUCUUCUAAUUUCUUGGUCUUUUGGCUUUGCUUUAUUAAUUCUUGCUCUUUUGCAAGAUCAUUGUCUUCUAGUUGCCUGAUUCUGACCUUUAAAGCCUGGCUUUCCUUUUCAGUUUGGUCAAACCGGUUUUGUAGUUGCGUGAAUUCCUUUUGCAUUGUUUCUCACCUUUCCUGCCAGAAGGCUUCCAUCUUUUUUUAUCAUUUCCGAUUCCAAGUCUUCAAGAGUUUGUGGAGAGUCUCCAUUUCCUUUGGAAGGUUUCAGAGCAAUUGAUUGUGUUUCCUCUUCUAUCUCCUCUGUAUUUUGUAUUUCUGCUCCAUAAAAUGUGUCCAAAGUC